CACUGCCUUAUGAGGCGUGGUCAGAGCCCUAAAUCUUAUGUCUAGCCCGUUUUGCAUGUUGUCUCCCUAGAUAACGAUUCUCACCCUUUCCUCAGGAUUAAUCCUCAGAGCACAGGUGCCAGGAAGGCUUUUUUGUUCACAAUGCGACAGCUGGCUGUCACUCUUUUUCUUUCCGCCUUUGUGUUGAGUCUCUUUGAUAGAGUCUCAGCUGUUCCUUGCUCCAAAGAACUUUCUAGGAAAUUUGGAGACGACGAGGAAGACUUUCACCAUGGGCAUCACGGCUCGGGCUCGGGAUCAAACUCGCAGACUUUGGGAGAAGAGUGGUAUUCCGUACCAACGCAGACUAGUACGAGUCUAAGCACGCCCACGACGCUUAUUAAUUCUGAGGGCUCUUCUACCCUCGCAUCGAGUACAUCGACGACGACAAGCACUUUCCACAAUGGCGACUUCCAUCGUGGACACUCGUCUCGCAUAGUCGGGGCUGCAGUAGGGGGUGCGGUGGGAGGAGUUGCGGGCCUUCUCCUCGUUGCUGGUGGCGCCGUGUAUAUGUGGCGGAGACGAAAGCAAAGGAACAAGCGAGUGUUUAACCAAGGGGGAUGGUCUGUGGUAGUCACGGAUGGAGAAGACGCCGUGUCCCGACGCAACACAGCGUACGUUCGAGAUGAAGACGCGGGGCCGCUUGAUUCGCCGAUGAGAGAAGUCCACCCCACGCCAUUGCCGCCAUCUUAUAAUCCGAACUGGCAAGUCAACACUCAGGAAACCUUGGACCAAAACCAGCCGGAAACCGGUAGAGCUCGAGAGUUGCUAGUUGAUCCCACAAGGGUGCCCCGGAGACGCAGUUCAUUGGAUAAACCCGGGUUUACGUCAAUUCUGACCCUGACGUGACCUGUGGAGGGACUCAGGACUACUGUACUUUUUCGACCACUCGCUCGUCCCAUGUCCCACGGACCGGGCGAGCGAGCCAAAAAGGGUGGGACUGUCCCACCUCCCCGAGACCCUAUGAGCCAAAAAGUGGGACAUUCGGUAAAAUAGCUCGAAAAUUCGAAAUAAAAUCAUAAAAAAAUCUACGACAUGUGAAAAAGUAUCUAGUGAUCCAAGAACUCGUCGUACUUUCUGGUAGAAACUUUACAUUGC